AUGCAAUCUAAUAUAAAGAUACCCUAUUUGAUUUUAACUGCAAUACUAUGUACAUUAUCAAAGGCUUCAACUAUAAAAUCUUUAAUAGACUCUGAUAGUAAUAUACUAAUGGUGAAACAUAAUGGAUUAUUGAAUCUGAAUGUACAAGAUCCAGUUGAUUGUGAAUAUACGGAUUUCAAGUGGUCAAACUGUAUUUGUGAUAAAUUAGUAAUAAUUGGAACUAGAGAGUUAGUAGGAAACUCGUCUAUAGGCUGCAGGGAACAUGUAACUACAAUAGAAUUACCAUGUGAUGAAGUAGCAUGUGGGCAGAAGCUUCUACACACCUCCAAUGGUAUUGCCUGUCCAUCACUAGCAAAUGUUGAUGGUUCUUGUGAUGAAAGUCAGGAUUAUAUAACUCAAGUAAAGGCUAAGUCAUAUGAAGCUUGUAAUUCGUUCUGUAAUACGAUAAUAAAUUGUUCUUACUUUGUCCUUGAUUUAGAUAACUCCAUUUGCAAAUUAUAUACUGGAUCGAGAGUUUGUGGUUCUACAAAUACAGGACGUGUAACUGGUCUUUAUGGUUUUGACAAAAUGUCAUGUACACAGUGUUUAGUUGGAACUUGGUCCUCCUUCUCACCUUGUGUAGAGUCACAAUAUUCCAUCUCUAAAACUGGUAUUUGUGGAGAGAUGAAUAGGACAAGACUUGUAGCAGGAGGUAAUGUUAUGGAGUGCCCAUAUAGUAGUGAAACAUGGACUUGCUCACUAGUGAACUCUUCACCUUGUAAACCAACAAAUUCAGAAAUAAAUGAUACUGUCAUACUCAAGUCUCUAGGUGAAAGUAGUCAAUAUACCGGGGAGUCUAAAGUUAAUGAGGGAUUAUCUAAUAGAUUAUUUAAAAUAAUAGAAAUUUCGUUAAUCUUUGCGGGUGCUAUAACUGCUCUUAUUAUAUUCUUACCAUUAUCACUAGUUUUCCCUAAAAUUGGAGUUUUCUUUUAUGGAAAAAAACUUUACUGUAUUCUUUCAGGCAAACAACUUGAGACUAUACAUUCAGCAGAUGGUUCUGAAACUACUAAUCAAGAUGUUAAUGAAGAAAAGUGGGAAGAAGAUGAUGAUUUAGACGUUGAGUAUGAAACAGAGUUCACAAUUGAUGAAGACAGGCACUGA